AUGUAUUUGUUCGCACUUUUAACUAAACCUAAUUAUGUUCAAAUUGUAGAUGGUGCAAAAAGGAAACAAAAUAAUUUGUACAAAAUAACGAGCAGAAUAAAUACUAUAACAAAUAAGUUGAAGAAAAAUGAAUUGAAUCUUUCGAAUUCUAACAAUGAAAUAGAAAAAAAAAUAAAUGUGGUUGUUCAGAAGCUCUCAAUUGAUCGAGAAACUAUUAGCAAAUAUAUAGAAGUUCCGGAAUCUUUGACUUUACACCAGUGCAUCAGUACAGAACUAUCCGAAUAUAACGUGUUGACAGAUAGAAAAUGUGCAAUACCUGGAUCAGAAUCUAACGAAGUGAAACAUCGAUUCUUAACGAAUAUUGUCAAUGAAGUUAAUCGUCGAAACACAAUAGUGUGA